AUGUAUUAUACAUCACCUACAUUUGGAUCAGCUAUACAUAACUCAAUUCCUGCAUUUACUUUUGUCAUGGCUUCUGUUCUGACGUAUGAUAUACUAGCUGUUCAUAAAAUAUCAUGUAGAUCACUAGCUGUAACUGUUGAUUCUUAUAUAAUUACUUCUCCAGAGAAAAUGCUGAAUAGGAUAUGGGGUUGUGUUUACUUCAUUGGUCAGUGCUUAUCAUAUGCUGGUUGGAUGGUGGUUCAGGUUCCUCUGAUGAAAAAUUACCCAGCAAAACUGUCACUUUCCUCAUUUACAUGCUUCUUUGGAUUAAUACAGCUCCUAGUUAUAGCAGUUUUUAUAGAAAUGGGCAUGAAACAUUGGCAUAUUCAGUCUGUUGAGGUGGUUUUUAUGAUUCUAUAUGUUGGUAUUGCCAAUUCCGGAAUUGUAUAUUUUCUAAUGACUUGGUGCAUUCAGAAAGGAGGGCCAGUUUUUGCUGCCACUUGCCUGCCUGUGCAAACAAUUUUAGUUGUUGUCAUGGCAUUUAUGUUUCUUGGUGAUCAGUUGUACUCAGGCGUGGUAUUUGGGGGAAUUCUGAUUGCGGCUGGGCUUUACCUAGUCUUAUGGGGUAAAACUGUAGAGGAAAAAUUUGCUAACCAAGAUGACGAAGCGACGACAUUGAGAACACAGCUUCUUGAUCAUAAACAGGGAAGAAUACCAUGUUACAGCUCACACCCCAAAACAAUUCUUCUGCAUACCUGA